AUGGGUGAUGGGUCCCCGUUUCAAACAGAUAAGGCUACACUACGAUAGCACCCGAUAGCUUAACACUCCAUGACUUCCACUCUCUAGCUCGCUCGCUCGCUCUCUCUCCAAGUUCUCAUUUUUCUCUCUAGCAUGGCGUCCGCUGUUUUCUCCAAGGCUCUACAUGUAAACCCAAUUAGCCACGCUCCUCUUCCUCCGAAGAAGUUGCUUUUAGGGUUUUCUCCGAUUCCCCGUCGAGGACCUUUAUUCAGUCAUCGCGUCUCGAUUCCCAAGGUGUUUUCUUGCUCGGUAGGAUCGAAUUUUGGUCCAAUCAUUGCAGUGCCGGGGAAGCGAGAUUUUUAUGUGAGAGCAAAUUCCGAGGCUGGAGGUGAAACUGGAAAUGUUGAGGAACAGACGGAGGCAAGUGGUGCUGAAGAGGAUACGGAAGCAGAAACAGAAGCUCAAGCAGAUGUGGAAGGGGAGGCCGUGGUCAAAGAAGCGAGGUCUCCGAGAAAGCCUCGAAUUAAGCUCGGAGAUAUAAUGGGGAUAUUGAACAAAAGAGCAGUUGAGGCUGCGGAAAAGGAACGGCCUGUUCCUGAUAUAAGAACUGGGGAUGUUGUGGAGAUUAAAUUGGAAGUUCCUGAAAAUAAGCGUAGAUUGUCUGUCUACAAAGGUAUUGUUAUGUCUAGACAAAAUGCUGGCAUCCACACCACCAUUCGGAUUCGGAGAAUUGUUGCUGGCGUAGGGGUAGAAAUCGUCUUCCCUCUGUACUCGCCAAAUAUUAAGGAGAUAAAAGUACUCCAGCAUAGGAAGGUAAGAAGAGCAAGGCUAUACUAUCUGAGAGACAAGCUUCCCAGGUUCUCAACUUUCAAAUGAGAGACAAGGAAGAAGCAGUCCUGCUUUUUGGUUCUUCUAUUCAAAGUGAAGGAGUCCCCUAUGCCCUAGCUGCCUGAGAUAUCGUAAAAUCCGAUUCGAUCUUCUUCGGGGAUUGUGAAAUUUCUUGUACUAACAGGCAACCAGAUUUCGAACCAAGUCCAAACCUACCUUUCAUAUUUCUUAAUGAUGAAAGCUUGAUGAUGUUGAUUGCUUUCAAGUAAUCAAGCAACCAUUUUUUAUCUCCUUUCUUAGCAAA